AUGGCGACCGCGCGCGCGCGCGCGCGGUGUGCGCUCGAGCGUAGGGGUCGGUGCGCGCGUGGGCGCGGACGGGGGGUCGGAGGGGUGGUCGUACGCGGACGCGAGGGGCGCCGACGCGUCUCGCGCGCGGUCUCGGACGGUGAUUCGGCGUCGAGCGCGUCGAGGGAACGGACGCCGACGCGGCGGUUGAAGAUUUUUAGCGUGAACGACGUGUACGAGCUCGAAAAUUUGGGGCGCCUGAGCGUGUUCAUUCGAAGGCACACGAACGACUACGCGGAUGACUUUAUAUGCACUUUGAACGGCGACUUCUUAUCUCCGUCUUUACUGUCGUCGUACGAUUUAGGUGCGGCGGCGGUGAGCGUGAUGAACGCCGUGCCGGUGACGCACGCGUGUUUGGGGAACCACGAGUUUGAUCACUCGACGAUGAUCUUGGGCCAAAGGUUGAGCGAGCUCGAGGCGACUGUUUUGAACUCCAACAUCGUGUCCACGGAUGACGCGAACGGGUUAGAUGAGAACGGCGAGAGAGUGGGCGGAUUCGUGGAUCAUCUACCGAAGACACAGAUCGUCGAACGCGGUGGGUUGCGCUUAGGCUUGCUCGGCGUGUGCACGACGUCGACCCCCUUGUCGAGCGCGGUCAAGCCGCGAGGGGUCAUCUUCGAAGACGUCAUUCCAGUCGUUCGGGACAUCGUCGAUGGAUUCGAUAACGCCGAAAAUGAGGAUCAAAAGGUGGAUCUCACGAUUGCGCUCACGCAUCAAACGCUGUGCGAAGACGAAGCUUUGGCUCGGGAAGUUCCCGAGCUCGGUAUCAUCUUGGGCGGCCACGAGCAUCAUCCGUAUCACGGCGCGAUCAAGGGCACGGACGUGUUGUGCUUCAAGGCGGGCAUGGACAGUGAAAACGUCGUCAUGGUGACGCUCGAGAUGUUCGACGAUGACGAAGACGAGGGUCGAGGUUUCGAGGAAGCCGCCGACGCUAGUCAGCGCGGCGGUCGAGGCGCGGCGAGUUUGGCGCGCGCGAUUCGCGUUGGCUCAACCAGCGUCUGUGGGAGCUCGGACGAGGACGCAGGCCACGAAGAAAACAACAAAGGAGUUGGCGUCAAGACGUCGACGUCGAAGAGUUCGGCGUCGUCAACGUCCUCUUCCUCGGAAGUGGCUUUCAUCGAAGACGUGAUCAACAUGGACGGCGUGGACUCGGCGAGAGGUCACGGAUGGGAUGUCCAGCCCGGACCCACGAGCACGGUGCGAACGAAGCGAGGUAACGUCCACGUCACCGCCACUUUACACUCGCUGUAUGGGUACGACCGGUGCGAGGAGAUCGAUCGUGAUAUUUGGGAGCGAAGCGAGGUGUUGAGAGACUUGCACGAGUACGUCUUGCCCUUGCACGAGCACGCCGAGCGGCUCAGUUUGCUGCCGCUCUCGAGCUUGGAUGUGCGUCAACAACAGACCACGCUCGGGACGCUCUUCGCUACAAUCUUGCGGGACGAGUGCGGGGUGGAUCUGUGUCUGUACAACUCGGGCGGCGUGCGUGGGAACAAGACGUACGAGGCGCCGCUGACGUACGGCGAUUUCGUCGCCGAGGUCCCGUUUGAGAACAACAUAAUCACGCUCGACAUGACGGGUGCGGAUAUCUAUUGCGCGCUGUCAUUCAGCGAGGAACAAAAGACGGAGACGUGCUCAUGGGGUGGCUAUCUUUUGUGGGACAGCGAAGUCGAGGUGAGCGCUGCGGCGGAUGCCGCGGGCGCGGGUGAUCUCGAGGUGAAGAUUCGUGGCGAGCCGCUCAAUCGCGAGCGCACCUAUCGCGUCGUCACCUGGGCUGGUUUGCUCGACGGUGCGGACGGGAUUCCAGCGUUCGAAGAGGUUGGAUUACGAUUAGCACAAUCUCUUGGUGUCGAGGCGGGGUCGAUGUCCAGCGCGACGUUUUCAGACGACGGCGUGCCGUUCAAGAUUCUCAUCAUGCGUCACCUCUGUCGCUGGCGCUGGCGCCAACUCGGCGAGAUGAUCUCAUUCGAGGACAUGGAUACGAACGGAGACGGUGCGGUGGAGGUGGAGGACGUUCGAAUCGCGCUCGAGGCGUACACCGCGAGCAAAUCAAGCAGGCAAGAGGCGGAGAGCAUGGUUCGCCUCUUCGACGUGGACGGCGACGGCAAAAUCUCCAAGCACGAGUGGUUGGCGCUCUUCGAGGCGUGA